CAAAACAUCAAAGAAGCAAAAGCAAAAAACGCGGGUGAUGGACAAAUACCUAAUUAAAAUGCCUAUUAAGUCGAAAACAAAUGCUGUGUCCAACCAGGAGAAACCGGUCGUUAAAAAGGAGACUCCCAAAAUGCCAGCCAAACAAUUGAAAAAUGAUACUCCAAAGGAGUUGAAAGACAAGGAAAAUACAGGCGAGGACAAUACCCCAAAGCAAACAAAAGCAGGCAGACCUGGCAGACCGGCUUCCAAGCGAAAGGCUUUAGAUACUCCAGAAGUGAAGGAUGAGAAGGUUGAGGCGGAUAGUGAGAAUCCGCCCAAGCGCAGGAGUUCCCGAGUCACAAGGAGCACACGUUCCAUGGCAGAGGAUGGACCUCCUUCCCCGGAAAAGGAAAAACCAGAGAAGCUACCAUUCAUUAAGUACAAGGGGGCUAUCAAGUACUUUACGGAGAGUCAGGAUAUAGCAGCAUCCGCUGACGAUGUUUUGCAAUGGGUGGAGAAGCAGAAGGAUGACGUAGUGCCAAUGGCCUUUGACAUGGAGUGGCCCUUCUCCUUUCAAACUGGCCCUGGCAAGUCCGCCGUCAUCCAAAUUUGCGUGGACGAGAAGUGUUGCUAUAUCUACCAGUUGACCAAUCUUAAGAAGCUGCCCGCUGCCUUGGUGGCCCUAAUCAAUCAUCCCAAAGUGCGCCUGCAUGGUGUGAACAUAAAGAAUGAUUUCCGCAAGCUGGCGCGUGACUUUACCGAGGUUUCCGCGGAACCCCUGAUUGAAAAGUGCGUGGACUUGGGCGUGUGGUGCAAUGAGGUUUGUGAGACUGGCGGUCGCUGGAGCUUAGACCGUUUAACCAACUUUAUAGCCAAGAAGGCCGUGGACAAGAACAAGAAGGUGCGCAUGAGCAAGUGGCAUGUCAUUCCGCUGGACGAGAAUCAACUGAUGUAUGCAGCCAUCGAUGUCUAUAUUGGUCAGGUUAUCUAUCGGGAAUUGGAGCGGCGCGAGAAGGCAAAGCUCAAAAAUGAAGAAGAGUUUAAGGAUCAGAACGGAGAUGCAGCCUUUAAAGCUGUUAAAGCCUUGGGAGAAACUUUUCUGACCAAGAUUAACGAGGUGACUCUGUGAGCUGUUUUAAUUUUAUACAAAAGAUUAUUGUCAAAUUUGUUAAGAUUUUUGUGGGCUUUUUCCCCAGUUCAAUUAUUUUUACUUAUACAAUCUUAAAUUUAUAACUUGCAUUGAAAAAUGAUUAGACUUUUAUUCUUUGUAAUAUUUCAAUUUGAUAUUUAAAUUUAACUAACAUUUUAGGAAAAGUUUUUAGAAUUUUACACAAAAACAUAUUUUUGCAAUUGACUGACUAACUAUUGCAUUUCAACAACUUGCUAGAUUUUUUUUAUCAAGCUUAGUUAAGCUUUUGAGUACCCCAGAAUUAGAUUAGGAUUACAGAUCCUUACAUUUCACAACUUGCAAUAAAUUUUAAUUUUGUAAAUUCGCA